AUGGGGUCGGGGAGCAGGCUGAAGUUUGCAGUUUGCGAGGUGCUGCAGUUCGCCGCCUUCUGCGUCCCGCUCUUCAUCGUGAUGCAACGCUUCGCCCUCAUCUUGGCGCGAGUGAAGAGCCAGGCGCAGCCCUCUGGUGGGGAUUCCACCACUGCCUACUGGUUGAUUGUGGCCUCAUCUGUGGCCUAUGUGACAACCAUGGCAAUGCUGGUGUGGCUGCCUAUGAAGUACAUGGUGUUCAUGAAGAAGAAAGCCCUGGUGGGGAGGAAGAAGUGGAGACCUGUUGCUCUGGCCUAUGUGCUCCUCUCCACACUGCCGUCAUUUGCGUUCCUAAUAGCGAGCUCUGAGGUGCAAAUUAGAAAUGAUAUGCGAUUGGACACGUUCACUGAGUUACCAGUGUCUCUGGUGCUCUUCUCUCUGAUCUGCAUUGAUAUUGUGGAAAGGAUCCGCCACUGCAGGCUCACAGGCCAGGCAAAUGAACUGGCUCGGGACGCAGACAUCCCAACCCUUACCCAGGUAGAGACAGUGACCCCAAUAGUCACCACAGCCACUGGGCCAUCUCCUGCAGCAACCAAUGCCAGCACAGGCACACAGAAUGGAGCAGGGGCCGCUAAUGGGGCCAUUCCACGGUUGCCUGGACCUGCCACAGUUGCGGGUUUACCAGCUAAUGGGGUCGUUCCAGGGUUGUCGGCCGGUGGGGCAAUUCCGGGGUUGCCAGGCAACACGACAGUCCCAGGGAUACCCAGCAAUGGAGCAGUACAGUUACUGCCAGGUAACAGCCAAGGGCAGCGGUACGCUAUCGCGGGGAUUUGUCCUCGCACUGGCUUACCCAUAAGAAAUUUUCCAUAUGCCCCUCCGUACACCGGACCACUCCGCUUUCUACUAGCAAGUGAUGCACGCGCUGACGUGUUUGCCGACAGCUUCCUGUUCUGGUUGGACACGGCAGAAAUGGUACGAGUGGCGAGUCACACCCCAGUCUACUUCUCAGGCUGGGCUUUACCAGUCUACCUCUUCAGCUUUCUUUCGAUGCUGCGAUUGGUUCCCAUGCCACACAGUCCCCUCCUCUCCCCUCUGGGUGUAGCUUUGCAGGACCUCCCUUUUCUUUUUCUAAGGGUGGCACUCAUAGCCAUUUUUGGGUUUGUCACGCCAGUCCUCUUCGUAAUGAAGAACUUGCUGGUCUGCUUGGCCUACAUUUACUUUAACUUUAUGACCAAGCUGAAAAUCUUCAACACUGAGAGAAUGUUCUGA